GAUGCUACGGUUGGAGUCACAGCUGCGAGGAUGCGCGGGAAGCUGAAGGACGCGGGUUCGACGCGGGCGUAGCGCACGAGGUUUUCCAUUCCCCUUUCCGUUGGUGGUCCGUCCACCGUCCGGCGUCUGACCUCCUCCUUGUCCCACCGUUGCAUCUGUCCAACUCUUCCGCACAUCGACACAAUGCCAUGUGGGCUCCCAGACCAGGACCUCCCAUUGCCACUCACCAUCUCGACCUCAGCGAGCUGACCCUCGACCAAUCGAUUCGGCUUCUCGAGCGGAGCGAGACUGACCCUUACCAUGCCAUACGGGUCUUCAAGAUCUCCCUCCUGGCUGCCGGGGACGAGGUGGUGGAGCUAGUAGAGUGGCUCGGUGAGGAUUGUAGGAAAGUAAGGCAUGCGCCUUGGGUCUCGAAGGCAUUGCAGAGGCGUCAGAGGCGGCAGAGAGGAGAGUCUCUGGGUGUGGAGGAUGGCAUGGAUGAAGACAGCUCGAACAUCGCCGGGCCAUCAAUACAAUCGACACGGCUGCCUCUGCGGGUCAUUACCCUGUCCAACCACAAACUCACACAGAAGGGCUACGACGCUUUUGCAGAUCUCAUUGCUAUGCACGGCUCUUUGACCACGCUAGACCUCACACUCAAUACACUGUCCCAAGUGAGUUGCCAGACCCUUGCAAAUCUCAUCCAUCCCCCGCCCCAGUCACGUUGACCUCCCUCUCUACACCCGGCGCCCCUCAGCAGCCUCUUCCCAGCUUACGAUCCCUGAGUCAAGGCGCCUCGCAGUCUCUGCUGCGCAAAUUGGUCCUGUCCGACACAAGACUGAGCAUAGACGCCUUCUGCGAGCUGGUAGACAAUCUCGAUGCACCCUGUCUGCACGAGC